UCGUCUACACUACUACAGACAACAUCAUGAAGGUCGCCGCCGCCCUCUUGUGCCUCGCCACUGUCGCCUCCGCCAGGAUGGCCUACCAGCUCCCAGACGGCUACUUGGAGAUCCUGGGUCAGGACGCCUCCCAGACCUUCGACUGUGCCAACCGCGCCUACGGCUACUAUGCCGACGUGGCCAACGCGUGUCGCAUCUUCCACGUGUGUGAACCCGUGUAUGACGAGGAGGGCGCCACCGUGCUGGAGGUCAACCAGUUCUCCUUCAUCUGUGGGAACCAGACGGUGUUCAGUCAGGAGUACCUGGUCUGUACCCAUCCUCAGGAGGCCUUACCCUGUGACCAGGCUGAGUCACUCUACCAGUCCUCCAACGCCGGCUUCGGCCAGAUCCCCGACGAGUCAUAAUUCCUUGUCUUCAGGGAAUGACCACAGCUGUGUGUGUGUGUGUGGUCCCCACCCCUGCUGCUGUCUCCUGCCUUCAUCCAUAUCUUCCUCACGAGGAAUGUUCUCCUACCAUAAGAGCAGCGCCAUCAUUAGUGUCUGACGCAUCCUAAUCUCCAUCCCUCGUCUGUGUCUGGAAUACUCAUCUUCUAUGGCGUCAACAUGCCGUUCACACAGCGCCAGCACGAGCAAGCAACAGCCUCAGACGUUCUCCAAAUCGUUCACUAACAAGCUUGUGGAAAGUUGAGGUGAAGGUUUGUGGUGAGAGUGAUGGUCAGCUGUUGUUGUCACCCUCCCCAACCCCCAACCUUUAAUCUCCCCCUUACAUAAGAA